GCGAGCGAGCGAGCGAGAGAAACCCCUCCCUUCCCUCUUGCGGCCGACGGGCGGAUGGAGGAGAUCGAUGCGCGUCUGCGGCAAGAGAAGGUGAAGAAGUUCGAGGACUUCGUCGACCGCCGCCUGAAGCCCGACUUAGUUAAAGCCAUCGCUCAGCGAGAUAAGGUGUUCCAGCAACAGAAGGUCUUCUCCGAUUUGAAGACGAACAUUGAGAGCUUGGAGAAGAAUGGGGUGACCCGUCUUCGUUCCAUGGUCAAUCUUGGCUCCGAAGUCUACGUGCAAGCGGAUGUACCUGACACCCGCCGCAUAUUUGUAGAUAUAGGGUUGGGAUUUCAUGUUGAGUUCACUUGGUCGGAAGCACUUGAAUUCAUAUCAGUGAGGGAAGCAAGAUUAGCCAGACAAAUAGAUGAGUACACUCACCUGAUUGCAAACAUCAAAGCGCAGAUCAAGAUGGUAUGUGAAGGUAUUCGAGAGUUGCUUCAGAUACCAGCAGAAUGACAAGAUCAUCUCAACGCAUGACUGCUGCCGGUCCCGAGCUGCAUUAUUUUGCUUCUGCUGUUGACACAGUCACCUCCGUGGGGCAUGCCACAAGAUGGAGAUAUAAUUUUGGUCAAAUCUUGCAACCUCAAUCGAUACUGGAUUUCUGCUAGAUAUGUGAUUUGAAAAACCUGCAGGAACUGCUGACAUUGCCAGAACCAGCAUACCGCCUAUUAUUAUAGCCUCGAUAUUGCAUUGCGGUAGACUGGCCAUACUGAUCCAUCCACAUCCAUCAAACAUGGUGAUAUUGCUGUUGUUUCUUGCAUAUCAAACAGAGAUCUACUUACAUGAUCUUAUUUAGCUUUUAACAUGAUAAUAUGUCUAUGGCUGUUUGGUUUCUGAA